GCGCGGCGGAGCAGUCGCGGCCGCCCCGUCCCGAGGGCACCGGCGCCGCCCGCCCUCCCUCCGCCAGGCAGCGCAGCCCCCGCGUCCGGCUCCGGCGCGCCGUUCGCCUGUCGCUCCGCGCCCCCUGCUCUCGCUCUCUCUCGCUCCCGGGCGAUCUCGGCGGGGCCGCGAUGGAAGAGGAGCGGGCGGGCGAGCAGAUGAGACCGUUGCUCACCACGGGUCACGAUGAAGAAGCUGUUGUAGAUAUGGGCAAAAUCAGCUCUACUAUCAAUACAAAUUUUGAGAAGGAAGAACUAGAGAGCCACAGAGCUGUGUAUAUUGGAGUUCAUGUCCCACUUGGAAAGCCAGGCCGUCGACGGCAUAGACAUCGUGGGCACAGGCAUCACAGAAGGAAAAAAGAAAAAGAAACUGACAGAGAGGAUGGCCGAGAAUCUCCAUCAUAUGACACACCAUCUCAACGGGUGCAGUUUAUCUUGGGUACUGAAGAUGACGAUGAACACAUUCCUCAUGAUCUCUUCACUGAAAUGGAUGAACUUUACUUCAGGGAUGGAGAAGAAUAUGAAUGGAGAGAAACGGCUAGGUGGCUGAAAUUUGAAGAGGAUGUUGAAGAUGGUGGUGAUCGAUGGAGCAAGCCUUAUGUAGCAACUCUGUCUCUGCACAGUCUCUUUGAACUGCGAAGCUGUAUUCUAAAUGGGACGGUCAUGUUGGACAUGAGAGCAAACACACUUGAUGAGAUAGCAGAUAUGGUUUUGGACAACAUGAUUGCCUCUGGCCAACUGGAUGAAUCCAUACGAGAGAAUGUGAGAGAGGCUCUCCUAAAAAGGCACCAUCAUCAGAAUGAGAAAAAAUUCAGCAGUCGGAUUCCUCUGGUUCGGUCUUUCGCAGAUAUAGGCAAGAAACAUUCUGACCCUCACUUGCUUGAACGAAAUGGGGAAGGCCUUUCAGCCUCCCGCCACUCUUUGCGAACAGGUCUCUCUGCCUCAAAUAUUUCCCUGAGAAGAGAAAGCCGUUUGUCAGUUCUUCUCAAUUACCUUCUUCCUUCUUCAAGAGCUGGAACCCCGGCAGCCUCGAGGUGUACAACACCUGUAACUACCCCUCAAAACACACCACCCUCCAGUCCUACGUGCAGUCUCCUGCCAACCACAAGUGCCCAGCCAAGUCCACUUCAGGGCAAGGAAUUACUGGUGUCACCUGCCAGUGAUGACAUUCCCUCAGUAGUAAUUCAUCCACCCGAGGAGGACUUAGAAUUGCAGGAAAGCCAGGAAAAGAAGACAGAGGAAAAUAUUGGCAAAACACCAGGGCUAUUAGCAUCUCCACAGUCAGCACCUGGAAACUUAGACACUGGGAAAAGUGGAGAUGUUAAAGGUACUGGGACAGGAGGAAGCAGAGAAAACAGCACUGUUGAUUUUAGUAAGGAGUCAGCCUCCUGGCACUGUAGUUGUGGCACACUUGGUGUGGGACUCAAGAGGCCAUCUGUUGAUAUGAACUUCAUGAGGAAAAUUCCUUCAGGAGCAGAAGCAUCAAAUGUGUUAGUGGGAGAAGUAGAUUUUUUAGAAAGACCCAUUAUUGCUUUUGUGAGGCUCUCCCCUGCUGUGCUUCUCUCGGGUCUCACAGAGGUUCCAGUUCCUACACGGUUUUUGUUUUUAUUGCUGGGACCAGUAGGAAAAGCUCCACAGUACCAUGAAAUUGGAAGAUCAAUAGCAACACUUAUGACAGAUGAUGUUUUCCAUGAUGUUGCCUAUAAAGCAAAAGACCGAAAUGAUUUGUUGUCAGGAAUUGAUGAAUUUUUAGACCAAGUGACAGUCCUGCCUCCAGGAGAGUGGGAUCCUUCUAUACGAAUUGAGCCGCCAAAAAGUGUUCCUUCCCAGGAGAAAAGGAAGGCACCUAAAUUUCCAAAUGGAUCUACUCCUACAGGAGAGACUCUCAAAGAAGAAGGCCAUCAUGCUGGACCUGAACUUCAGAGAACUGGAAGGCUUUUUGGUGGUUUGAUACUUGACAUCCAAAGGAAAGCACCUUUUUUCUUGAGUGACUUCAAGGAUGCAUUAAGCCUGCAGUGCCUGGCCUCGAUUCUUUUCCUAUACUGUGCCUGUAUGUCUCCUGUAAUCACUUUUGGAGGGCUCCUGGGAGAAGCUACACAAGGCAGAAUAAGUGCAAUAGAGUCUCUCUUUGGAGCCUCAUUAACUGGGAUUGCCUAUUCUCUCUUUGCGGGGCAACCUCUUACUAUCUUGGGAAGCACCGGACCAGUUUUAGUAUUUGAAAAAAUAUUAUUUAAAUUUUGCAGGGAUUACGAUCUUUCCUACCUCUCCCUGCGAACUAGCAUUGGUCUGUGGACUGCAUUUCUAUGCAUUGUGCUUGUAGCCACUGAUGCCAGCAGCCUUGUGUGCUACAUCACUCGUUUUACUGAGGAAGCUUUUGCCGCCCUUAUAUGCAUCAUAUUUAUCUAUGAGGCAUUGGAAAAGCUUUUUCAUUUGGGAGAAGUAUAUGCCUUCAAUAUGCACAAUGAUUUGAAUAAACUGACUUUAUAUUCAUGUGUGUGUUCUGAGCCUGAGAAACCAAGCAAUGAAACAUUGCGUGUGUGGAGGAGUAUGAAUAAGUCUGGGGAAGAUAUAGCAUGGAGCAACCUUACAGUUUCUGAAUGUUUAAAAUUUCAUGGUGUGUUUCGUGGAUCAGCUUGUGGCCAUCACGGACCAUAUAUUCCAGAUGUUCUCUUCUGGUCUGUCAUACUAUUCUUUACCACAUUUUUCCUCUCCUCUUUCCUUAAGAAAUUCAAGACUAAACGCUAUUUCCCAACUAAGGUGCGUUCUACCAUCAGUGACUUUGCAGUAUUUCUGACCAUAGUAAUCAUGGUUUUGAUUGACUAUUUUAUAGGAAUACCUUCUCCUAAGCUCCAUGUUCCAGAGAAAUUUGAACCCACCCGAAAAGACCGAGGAUGGUUCAUAGAUCCUCUUGGAAGCAACCCUUGGUGGACACUCUUAGUUGCUGCUGUUCCUGCUUUACUCUGUACUAUUCUCAUUUUCAUGGAUCAACAAAUAACAGCUGUUAUUAUAAACAGGAAAGAGCAUAAACUGAAGAAAGGCUGUGGUUAUCAUCUUGAUCUGCUGAUGGUUGGUGUUAUGUUGGGGAUAUGUUCUCUCAUGGGUUUACCAUGGUUUGUUGCUGCAACUGUCCUGUCUAUAAGUCACGUUAACAGCCUGAAAGUUGAAUCUCAGUGCUCAGCACCAGGAGAACAACCAAAGUUUUUGGGAAUCCGGGAGCAGCGAGUGACAGGAUUGAUGAUUUUUGUGCUGAUGGGGAUGUCAGUGUUCAUGACCUCUGUGUUAAAGUUUAUUCCAAUGCCAGUUUUGUAUGGUGUAUUUCUUUACAUGGGAGUAUCUUCAUUAAAAGGCAUUCAGUUUUUUGACCGUAUAAAAUUGUUUGGAAUGCCUGCCAAACAUCAACCUGACUUGAUUUAUCUACGUUAUGUGCCACUCUGGAAGGUUCAUAUCUUUACAGUCAUUCAACUCACUUGUCUAGUUCUGUUGUGGGUGAUUAAAGCCUCUGCAGCUGCUGUUGUUUUCCCUAUGAUGGUUCUAGCUUUAGUGUUCAUUCGCAAGCUCAUGGAUUUAUGUUUCACCAAAAGAGAGCUUAGUUGGCUUGAUGAUCUUAUGCCAGAAAGUAAAAAGAAGAAAGAAGAUGACAAAAAGAUAAAAGAGAAAGAAGAAGCAGAGAGAAUGCUUUCAGACAAUGAAAGCGUACACCUUGCAUAUGGAGAAGCAAGUUUGAAUUUUCCUGUAAAAACGCUGAAAUGCAGCAUUGAUCCCUCAGUUGUAAACAUAUCAGACGAAAUGGCCAAAACUGCACAGUGGAAGGCUCUUUCCAUGAGUACUGAGAAUGCCAAAGUAACCAGAGCUAACCUGAGCCCUGAAAAACCAGAAAGUGUGAAAAUAGAAGUGGAAAAAUCACCUGUUGUGAAAUAUGUGGAUGCUGAAACAUCUUUAUAGAACGGAACCAAGAGGAAUUACAGUUUAAAGAAAGGAAGUUGUAGUGUACAGCAGUAUGAAUAAUGGUAUCCAAACUGUCAUAACAAAGGCUCAGGUCAGUGGCAAAGCAAGUGAGGUCUGCAUUAGCAGUUUGACCAAUACUGUGUAAUGACCGGUGUUCUUAGAUAAUAGUGUAGCUUGUGCCUUAGUUUGAGUUUGUGCUCUUUUAGAAAAUAACCCAUGUUUUCCCUCUGAUCAAACUGAGAUACAGUGAAACUACAGCAGAUGGUUUCCCAAAACUUUCUACAUUAUUUAAAAAAAUAAAAAGCACAUAUCUGCAUGUCAGUUGUUGACUACUAAGUAGCUCUUGCUGAAUCGAAGAGAGAAGAUAUUUUGAACAUUUUAGGUAACAUUGUCCACAACACAUUACUUUUGUUCUAGUCCUCCCAGUAGUAUUUUACACUUAAUGUUUAGAGUCCUACAACAGUUUCCAAAGACACAAAAAAUUACUAUAAGCCUCUUGGAUUUCUAACUCUUUAAUGCUGGAAAUCAGGGUUCUGUGGUGCUGCACACCUUGUAUCUGGCUUCUACUUUGGGAAGGUUAAGUUUAGGUCAAUAUUACAGUGGAAGUGGAUAUAUUUCUAGUAAAGUAGAAAGGAAACAAAACCAAAGCCCACAAGUCUAAUCACAGUAUUUAUUUAUUGUGUAGAUAUUUUAAUCAGUGCCAGAAAGACCAUAACUUGGCAAACCAGUUUACAGUAAUCUUUAGUUCCAGUAUUCCUAGGCAGUAGUAGCACGUUAUACUUGCACUUUUUCCCCAUAUGAACAGGAGAAGAUCUGGUAUUAAGUGCAUAAAUCUCUAUUGAUAAUCCAUGGUUAAGUGAUUCGCUGCUCAUUUUACACCUUCUCUGCUUUAACAUCACGCAUGGUAUUAAAAUGAAACGGCUAAGGAUGUAGUUUCUAUUUUAGAUAUAUGUUUUGCCUUAAUGGAUGCAAAAGAGCAGUGAUAAUUGCUGUGCACUGAUUUUUUUUCAUAGGGUUUAAGCCCUGUAAAAACUACGCCAAUGUAUUUCCAUUCCAACAGUCAGAGAAAAAUAAACAACCCUGCACUUUUUUUAGAUGCCUUGGUUUCCUGGAAUGGAGCUUAGUGCUACUGUGUACCUGGCUGCAGAGCCACCUCAGGAAGUCCCUCUUUUUUCCUUUUUUUUCCCCCCCUUCUUCUUUUUUCAUUUUUUUCUUUUCUUUUUUUUUCUAAUUUAUUUAAAAAUAUGAAUGUUUACAUGAAGUGUAGGUCUUAAUUUUGACCACUCCAUUUAAAUUAUCAUCUAAAAUGUAUCACUUAAAAUGCAGUUGCAUGUUUAAAUUAUAUUCUAGACAAGUCAUUCUUACUGUUUUCAUAUGUAUUACAGUGACAUGUUUCUCAUUCUGUUUACAUAUGCCCAAGUUAAUGACAGUUUCUUCCUAGAUUAAUUUUGCAGUUAUAAUAUUUUUAAAAUUUUUCUGUGAAAUGUUCCAAAUUGCCAAGUUUGUCAUCAUAAAACCUUUUAGGGUAGAAUUUGGUGCCCUAAUGGUGUUUUUUUCCAACCAAGUAUCUUGGCCAUUUUUUCCACAUUUAAUGAACGUUCUCCCGUAAGUUAUCAUUUGCUUCAUUCACUUGCAUCUCUGUCUGUAUACAGUAACUUCCUAAAGGCAGGUUCGACAGGCUGUAAAAUAUAUCUGUAACAAAUAGUUGUCACAUCACAGAGCCUGCACCAUUCUAAAGGGUUUGUCUUGUACAUAUGUUCUGUAAAUCAUAAGGUAAAUGGUUCAUGACUUUCAGUUCACAAAUUUAGUCUGUCAGAUGAGCAUCACAGUGAGCUUAGUUUUCUUUUUGCUUUUUUUAUGAUUAGUAAUGUUUUAAUUACUCAUCUAGGACAAAAUUAUCAAGUACAGUACAAAUGUGUGAAAUAUUUUCUUUAUACCAACAGUAAUUUAUUUUAUGGCAAAUUUUAAGACUAUAGAGACACACAGCUUUGAGUCAGCAUAAAUGUAGUGCUAUAAAUAAAGCAAAUUGCUCAGUAAGUUUAAGUCGAUUUUAUUUUAUAAUGUUUUUAGUGAAAACCUCUAGAACUUUGUAGUUGGCAUUGAAGUUAACCUAAAGACACUUUCAUAUUGAAUUUAGUAUCUGUUGACAUUUAUUUGGAAUAAUGAAUAAGUUUGAAAAUGGAUACUUUUCUAAAUUAUUUUAUUGGAAAGACACAUCAUUUAUAGUAUUUUCUUUUCUAUCGUUGCUGAUGGUCCUGUGCAAAAGUGUCUUCCAGGUUCGGCUUCUGCAGCUGAACUGAGGUUUUGAUUUUAAUACUCUUUAUUUGAAAUGUGAUUACAUACUGUACGGUUUGAAUUUUUUACAACUGCUUUUCUAAUUACAGUGACGUUUUCUUACUUUAUAACCAAAUCCAAAGCAAACGAAAACAUUAUUCCAGCUGUAGAAUCAAAAUUCAGUUUAUACAGAAAACACAACUCUCAGACUUGUCUUUAAUGUGAAAGAUUCAGCCUUUGUGUUGUUUUAAUUACUGCUAGAAUAAAAUUAUCUUUUGUAACAUUUCAGAAAGUUGGUAAAAGCAAUAAAAAAAUCUCCUGGACUCUA